CACUACCAGCAACCAAUGGCACGCUUUUUCCGUUCCUGGCCUAACCUUAGUAUAUUAAAGAACCUUGGUAUUGCAAUGUCCGAAAACGGUGGUGUUGAGUUCGUAAGAGAAAUAGAAGUUAAUUGCUGUAAUCAGGAAUUGAAAUUUUCGCAGCGUUAUGUGGGAGAUGUGGGCUGCGUCGUAUGGGAUGCCGGUAUUGUUUUGGGGAAGUAUUUGGAUCUCAUGCAAAAAACUAACAAUUUCUUGAAUGGUAAAUUAGUAAUAGAUAUAGGCUCCGGAACUGGUGUCGCGGGAUUAUUUGCAGCUGCUCUUGGAGCCAAUGCCAUCUUGACUGAUUUGCCUGAACUGCUACCUUUGUUGGAAAAAAAUAUUGCAAUUAAUGAAGCAGUACUUAAAGGUUCAGCAUCUGCAGCUGUGUUAGUUUGGGGAGAAAAUGAACGUAAAUUUCCCACUCCUGAUAUCAUCCUAGUAUCGGACUGUAUUUAUUACGAUAUGUCAGUGGAAAAACUUGUGCCAACUUUAGUUGAAUUAUCCGGACCUGAUACAGAGAUAUUUAUUUCUUAUGAAGACAGAAUAAUAGGAAACAAACAAGAACUCUUGAAAUUUUUUUUACGUGCACUACAAGAAUCAUUUGAAAUUGUUAUAAUACCUUCUGCUAAUCAUCAUCCAGAAUUUCAAAGUUCUGAUAUUCAUCUGCUGAAAUGCAAGAAAAAGAAUAUGGAUCCAAGCUGAAAUAUCUCUGAAGCCUAAUCAAUAUUCUGUGUAUAAGCAUAAUUAGAUAACAUAUCUGUAUCAUUGUAUUUUUAUACAAGUUGAUUUUAUGCCUAAUCCAAAAUUUUUUAUAUAUCAGCAAUAAAAGUUAUUUUGUGUCUA